AUCUCAGACAGCGACACCACCAAUAACAUCUCCAAUUCCCGCCGCACCGCAAUCAAGCACCGGACCUUUGAGCCGACCAACGAACUGGGCCUUGGCUGCAUACCUGUCCCGUACUCUCACCAUCAUCAAUUGAGUUCUUUUUUUCCCAAGUAACUCCCGGUCCCUCGUGUAAUUCUACCGUCUGUAGUGGCCGCCCACGUCACUCGACUCUUCCUGUCGCGUACCGAUUCCGAUCCGACACACCACAUCACUUGGUCUGGGCACACCACAUACAGCAUAGUCGCAGUCACAGUCACAUUCGACAUACAUCCUCCAUACUUUACCCUCUUUUCCCCUCCUCUCUUAAUCUUCCUCCUCCUUCCUCUCGCCCACCAUGUCCGCCGUCCCGGCCUGGAAGCGAUUGGGUCUCAAGCUCAAGGGGUCUGCUGGUGACAGUCCUGCGGCCGCCCCCUCGACAACAAGCACACCAUCCGCCACCCGUCAGCCAGCUCCCGCGACCAGCGCACUCAAGAGGAAACUGCCAUCCCAGCAACAGUCCUUCAACAACCAGAACAACUACCCUACACAAAACAAGCGAUUCCGCCCCGAUAACUCUGCCGCUCCCACACAACAGAGGAAGUCCGUCUCCUUCUCCCAAGAAACCAAGACCACCUCCACCACCGACGCCGCCGCCAAGGAGAAGAAGCGCGAGAAGAAGAAGGCCAAGAAGGCGAAGCAGGCCUCCAAGAAGUCCGCCGAACAAUCCAAGAAGUCCAAGUCCGACACCAACCUCGAGCCCUCCCUCGCCUACCUGCGCCAGUGGCACUCUGCCCGCGAACAGUGGAAGUUCAACAAGAACCACCAGACGCUGCUGAUCAAGUACGUGUUCGAAUCCGACAAGGUUCCCUCGGCCGACGUCCCCGUUUUUUAUCAAUACAUCCGCGACCUGAAGGGCUUUGUGCGCACGCGGCUGCGGGAGCAGGCGCAGGAGAUCAAGAAGAAGGAUAUGGAGGCUGGCGCGUCUGCUUUUCCCGGUGGGGACAAGGCGAAGGAGAAGAACGAGGAGAAGCAGAAGCAGUAUGAGGAUGCGAUUGCGAGGUUCUUGGAGGAUCAGAAGGAGAGAACAAAAGAAAGCAAGAAGCGCAGCUUUGACGAGGUCGAGUUCGUCUUGAGGAUAGCGCCUAGCAGCGGCAGUGACAAGAAGGAGAAGAAGAAGGAGAAGAAGGACAAGGAUGGGGUGGAUAAGGAUAUCAAGGAGCGUUUGAUCAACCGGAUUCGUGCCGAGAUGGUACUGGAGGAAUUGGCGGACUCUGAGGACGCCACUUCCACCACUACCACCGCCACCACCACCGCUACCUCUGCUUCUUCCUCCACCGCCGCCGCCGCCGCCGCCGCCCCUGCUCCUCAACCACAGACCGCGAGGGUCUCGACAGACGGUCAACAACCCGCCAAGCGCCGUAGGUUACGUAACAAGCGUACGGACAUCAGCGAUAGCGAGAGCUCGGAUUCUUCGGACAGCGAUAGCAGUGAUUCCGAUUCCGACUCGGAUGAGGAGAUGGCGGAUGCGGGAGCCAAGACGCAGACUUCGACCAGCAGUUCCUCUUCUUCGUCUUCUUCAUCCUCGUCGAGCUCAGAGGCGGAGGCUUCCGAGUCGGAGGGUGAGAAGAGCGAGGAGAGCGAUAGCUCGGAGAGCAGUGAUAGCGAUAGCGACUGA